AUGUUACUAAUUCUUGACCAAAGUGACAAGCUUACCACUCCUGAUGAUUAUGAUAAAAUAGUGAGAGCAGAAAUUCCUGACCAACAACAAGAACCAGAGCUCCAUAAAAGGAUUCUUAAACACAUGAUUCACAACCCAUGUGGUGUCCAGAAUCCACGUUCACCAUGCAUGAAACAAGGGAGUUGUAAGAAGGAGUUUCCUAAGUCAUUCUCUAAUUGUACAAAGCAAGGAAAUGACUCAUAUCCCAUCUACCGUCGGCGUCAAGAUGCUCCACCUGUAUCGUUACGUGAGAAUUCACGAGUAACUGUAGAUAAUCGGUGGGUAGUUCCAUAUAACCCGUGGUUGUUGAAUAAGUUUGAUUGUCACAUUAAUGUAGAGAUAUGCAGCAGCAUUAAGUGUGUCAAAUAUUUAUACAAAUACAUUCAUAAGGGUUCUGAUAGAGUUUUUAUGGAAGUUCAUAAAGGGGAUGAGAUUGCACAGUUCGUUGAUGCAAGAUGGAUUUGUGCACCUGAAGCUAUGUGGAAAUUUUACAAAUUUCCAAUGACUCGGAUGAACCCGUCGGUAGACCGUCUGCAAGUUCACUUGCCAAACAUGCACCAAGUUAGAUUCGAAGGAAACCAGCCUAUCGAAAGCAUUUUGGCUGACCCAAGGAACUCCAAAACAAUGUUGACUGAGUUUUUCAAGAUGAAUUCAGUAGAUCCUGAAGCCAGAAAUUACCUAUAUAGAGAAUUUCCAGAAAAAUAUAGAUGGAUUAAUUCCAUGCGAGAAUGGCGCCGAAGGAAAACCAUGCAGAGAGUAAUUGGUCGAUUGUAUGUAGCUUCGCCUCUAGAUGUUGAAAGGUUUUACCUAAGAAUGUUACUAAACCAUGUCAAAGGGCCCCAAUAUGAUCAUUUAAGGACUGUCAAUGGGAUACCCCACCCUACCUUUAGAGUUGCAGCUGAGUCCUUAGGUCUUAUUGAGAAUGAUGAAAGCAUACGUCAGUGUCUUAGAGAAGCAUGUCAGGUAAGAAUGUCGUCGGCACUGAGACGACUAUUUGCAACUAUCUUAAUAUAUUGUCAACCAUCUGGGUUACGUGCACUGUGGGAUGAGUUCUUCCCACACUUGGUUGAGGAUUAUCCGUCUUCGACAACGACAAACAAUAAUGAAAUUCCAACUUACAAGCUUCUUAAAGACUUGGAUCGCUUAUUACGACCGCUUAGGAAAACAAUAUCAGACUACAAUGAAUUGCCAAAUUUACCAGAAUCUAUUGAAAAUAUUGACGAGUUAUCUGAAGUGAUGGAGGAGUAUUUCUCAGUGCCAGUUCCUACUGAGGAUACCAAGUGCAUAGGUAAGUUGAAUGCCGAUCAACGACAUGCAUAUGACACAGUGAUGUAUGCUAUCACUUUAAAGAAUGGUGGUGCUUUCUUUGUUGAUGGUCCUGGUGGUACUGGAAAAACAUAUCUGUAUCGAGCUAUAUUAGCUACUAUAAAAGGUAGAGGUGAGAUAGCUAAACCAAUAGCAACUUCUGGAAUUGCUGCCACAUUGUUGCACCAAGGGAGAACUUCACACUCAACUUUUCAACUACCAUUAAAACCAGAUAGCUCAUCGUCAUGCACCUUUACAAAGGGUUAA